AUGCCUCAGUCACGCCUUUUCAAACCCCUUAAGAUAGGCGAUGUGAAUGUUGAGCACCGCAUCGGAAUGGCUCCACUCACUCGCUUUCGAGCAACCGAGGACCGAGUACCGACACCCUUGAUGAAGGAAUACUACGGCCAACGGGCCGCUGUGCCCGGUACCCUGAUCAUCACCGAGGGAACCUUCAUUUCGGCAACCUGUGGCGGCUUCCCCCACGCACCAGGACUUUGGCGCAGUGACCAGAUCGCUGCUUGGACAACAAUUACCGAUGAAGUCCAUAGCAAAGGUUGCUUUAUAUUCUGUCAGCUAUUCGCAAUGGGCCGUGCAGCCGACGUCGAAGUAGCUCGAAAGGAGGGUUGCGCCAUAGUCGCACCAAGUGCCAUUCCGAUGGAAGAAGGCGCCGCAGUACCCAACCCUAUGACCAUCGAGGAAAUUGAGCAGUUGGUUCAGGACUUCGUCGCAGCUUCGAAGAACGCCAUUCAGGCGGGAUUUGACGGCGUCGAGAUUCACGGUGCAAAUGGUUAUCUCCUCGACCAGUUCAUUCAAGAUGUCAGCAACAAACGCCACGACGAGUACGGUGGUAGUGUGGAGAACAGAUCUCGUCUUCUCAACGAUGUUGUCGAGUCUGUCGCUAAUGCCAUCGGUCCUAAACGCGUCGGGCUUCGCCUGAGUCCCUGGAGUACAUUUCAGGGCAUGAGAAUGGAGAAUCCGAUCCCACAGUUUACGGAUGUUAUCAAAAAGGCCGGCAAGUCAGAUAUCGCAUAUCUCCACCUCAUAGAGUCACGGAUUUCCGGCGCCAUGGACUACGAUUCCCAUGACCAACUCGAUUUCGCAUACAAUAUCUGGAAUGGACCUCUCCUUGUUGCGGGAGGGUACACACCGCAGGAGGCACAAAAGCUCGUGGAUGAGCGUUAUCCGGACAAGAAUAUCGUAAUUAUUUUUGGCCGGUUUUUCAUUUCAAAUCCGGAUCUUAUAUAUAGAAUGAGGGAGGGACUGGAGCUCAAUGCGUACAAUAGGGAAACCUUUUAUGCCUUUCAGUCAGCGGUGGGCUAUUUGGAUUACCCAUUUAGCAAGGAGUAUCUGGGAAACGGGCAGGCAAUAUCUCAUUAG